CCGAGGAUCCGGCUGGGGAGCCAUGGGGAGAUGCAACGGGCGAUGCACGCUGGUGGGAUUCUGCUGCCUGCAGCUGGUCGCGGCGCUGGAGAGGCAGAUCUUUGAUUUCCUGGGAUACCAGUGGGCCCCCAUCCUGGCCAAUUUCCUGCACAUCAUGGCCGUGAUUUUGGGGAUUUUUGGGACGAUCCAGUACAGAUCCAGAUACCUCAUGAUGUACGCGGUGUGGUUGGUGCUGUGGGUCGGCUGGAACGCCUUCAUCAUCUGCUUCUACCUGGAGGUCGGGCGCUUGUCACAGGACCGAGACUUCAUCAUGACCUUCAACACGUCCCUGCACCGCUCGUGGUGGAUGGAGAACGGCCCUGGCUGCCUGGUGACCCCGGUGCUCAACUCCAAGCUGGCCCCCGAGGACCACCACGUUAUCACGGUCAGCGGCUGCCUGCUGGACUAUCAGUACAUCGAGGUGCUGAGCAGCGCCACGCAGAUCUUCCUGGCGCUCUUCGGUUUCGUCUACGCCUGCUACGUCAGCAAAGUGUUCCUGGAGGAGGAGGACAGCUUUGAUUUCAUCGGCGGCUUUGACUCCUACGGGUACCAGGCCCCACAGAAGACGUCGCACCUGCAGCUGCAGCCGCUCUACACCUCCGGAUAACCGGGAUCCAGCGGCGCCAGGACCCCCGGAGCCCCCGCGGGCGCUGCCACCACCCCGGUGUGCGGGGCCA